AUGCAGGCUGCUGGCGAUGUAGCUGGAUCAAACAGUGAGGCUGAGAGAGCCGCCGCUAGUCCAACACUGGGCUCCGCGAAGGGCGAGACAGGUCGCCAUUCCAAACUAACAAAUACACCGGGACGCUCUACCAUCCUCAACACACAUAGUACAUCAAGCAACCCAACCACUCUCAACACCCACAGUACACCAGGACGCUUUACCAUCAUCAACAUCCACAGUACACCAGGACGCUCUACCAUCAUCAACACCCACAGUACACCAGGACGCUCUAUCAUCAUCAACACCCACAGUACACCAGGACGCUCUACCAUCAUCAACACACAUAGUACAUCAAGCAACCCAACCACUCUCAACACCCACAGUACACCAGGACGCUUUACCAUCAUCAACAUCCACAGUACACCAGGACGCUCUACCAUCAUCAACAUCCACAGUACACCAGGACGCUUUACCAUCAUCAACAUCCACAGUACACCAGGACGCUCUACCAUCAUCAACAUCCACAGUACACCAGGACGCUCUACCAUCAUCAACAUCCACAGUACACCAGGACGCUCUACCAUCAUCAACAUCCACAGUACACCAGGACGCUCUACCAUCAUCAACACCCACAGUACACCAGGACGCUCUACCAUCAUCAACAUCCACAGUACACCAGGACGCUCUACCAUCAUCAACAUCCACAGUACACCAGGACGCUCUACCAUCAUCAACACCCACAGUACAUCAGGACGCUAUACCAUCAUCAACAUCCACAGAACACCCAGACGCUCUACCAUCAUCAACAUCCACAGUACACCAGGACGCUCUACCAUCAUCAACAUCCACAGUACACCAGGACGCUCUACCAUCAUCAACAUCCACAGUACACCAGGACGCUCUACCAUCAUCAACACCCACAGUACACCAGGACGCUCUACCAUCAUCAACAUCCACAGUACACAAGGACGCUCUACCAUCAUCAACAUCCACAGUACACCAGGACGCUCUACCAUCAUCAACAUCCACAGUACACCAGGACGCUCUAUCAUCAUCAACACCCACAGUACACCAGGACGCUCUACCAUCCUCAACACACAUAGUACAUCAAGCAACCCAACCACUCUCAACACCCACAGUACACCAGGACGCUUUACCAUCAUCAACAUCCACAGUACACCAGGACGCUCUACCAUCAUCAACAUCCACAGUACACCAGGACGCUCUAUCAUCAUCAACACCCACAGUACACCCAGACGCUUUAUCAUCUUGAACACCCACAGUACACCCAGACGCUUUAUCAUCUUCAACAUCCACAGUACACCCAGACGCUUUACCAUCAUCAACAACCACAGUACAUCCAGACGCUCUACCAUCAUCAACAUCCACAGAACACCCAGACGCUUUACCAUCAUCACAAACCACAGAACACACAGGAACUCUACCAUCCUCAACACCCUCUGUACACCCAGCAACUAA